AGACAAAAGUUGAGGGAGUUUUUGGGAAACAGAUGAGAGGAGCCUGAAGCCACAUCGGACACAAAAAAGAACUUGUCAGAGACACCCCACAAUGCUGGCACCAUGGUCUAUCCAGUGCCUCCUGCCAGUGUUCGCAUGCCUAUGGAACCUGUGCCAAGCACAAUUUGAGUAUCUGAUUUACCCUCAUGGAUACCCCGAGCUUGAGCAGGAUCACUACACCGUUCCACAGAUUCCUGCUGAUGUGCCCAGGAUCCAGUUACGCUUAGCCGGAGAGAAACGGAAGCACAACGAGGGACGUCUUGAGGUUUAUUAUGAUGGCCAGUGGGGGACUGUUUGCGAUGAUGAUUUCAACCACCAUGCCGCUGAAGUUGUGUGCAGAGAGCUUGGCUAUUCCAAGGCAGUCUCCUGGUCACCUUCAGCCAAAUACGGGAAAGGGGAAGGCCGCAUCUGGUUUGAUAACGUCCAUUGCACAGGGAAGGAGAGCACCCUGGCGCAGUGUGAUUCGAACGGCAUUGGUGUGUCUGACUGCAAACACUCAGAAGAUGUCGGAGUCGUUUGCAGUGACAAGAGGAUCCCAGGAUUCAGGUUCCUCAAUCCAGUCACCAACACCAUAGACCAUAUGACGAUCCACGUGGAGGAUGUACGCAUCAAGCCGAUUCUGUCCUCCUUAAGGAAGCGAAUCCCUGUAACUGAAGGUUACGUGGAGGUCAAGGAUGGCGGCAAAUGGAAGCAGAUCUGCGAUGAGGAGUGGAGUCCCAUGAACAGCAGGGUGAUCUGUGGCAUGUUCGGCUUCCCUGCUGAGAAGAAAUACAACACACGCGUCUACAAGUUGUUCGCACGCAGAAAGCCACCCUCAUACUGGAAUUACUCGGUGAACUGCACAGGAAACGAAGCCCACCUCUCGAGCUGUAACUUGGGACGUUUGCUGUCGAUCAAUAACACGUGUAGGCAGGGCAUGCCUGCGGUGGUGAGCUGCAUUCCAGGCAGAGCCUUCGCUCCAACCCCAUUAUUUGGCUACAGGAAAGCCUUCAGACAUGAGCAGCCGUUGGUGCGUCUGAGAGGAGGCGCGGUGAUCGGUGAGGGUCGGGUGGAGGUGCUCAAAAAUGGUGAGUGGGGCACCAUUUGUGAUGAUCGCUGGAAUCUAUUGGCUGCCACAGUGGUGUGUCGAGAACUCGGCUUUGGAACCGCCAAAGAAGCACUGUCUGGAGGUCAACUGGGUCAAGGAAUGGGCGCGGUCCACAUGAAUGAGGUGCAGUGCUCUGGGUUUGAGAAAUCUGUCACCGAAUGUGCCUUUAACAUGGAUAAAGACUCAGCAGGAUGUAGCCAUGAGGAGGAUGCUGGAGUUCGCUGCAACGUUCCUGCUAUGGGCUUCCAGCAGCGCCUGCGUCUGAGCGGAGGCCGUAACCCAUUCGAAGGGCGUGUGGAGGUGUUGAUGGAGCGAAACGGCUCUCUGGUGUGGGGCACGGUGUGUGGAGACGGCUGGAGCACCAUGGAGGCCAUGGUAGUGUGCAGGCAACUCGGCCUCGGCUUCGCCAGCCACGCCUUCCAGGAGACGUGGGCCUGGCCUGGAUCGGUGAGCGCUGACGAUAUAGUGAUGAGCGGUGUGCGCUGUGCUGGUACUGAGAUGUCUCUGUCUCACUGUCUGCAUCAUGGAGUGCAUGUGAACUGCCCCAGAGGAGGAGCGCACUACUCCGCUGGGGUCUCCUGCACCGAGACCGCGCCGGACCUGGUGCUGAACCCGCAGGUGGUGGAGCAGACCACGUACAUCGAGGACCGGCCCAUGUUCCUGCUGCAGUGUGCGUAUGAGGAGAACUGCCUGGCCUCCACGUCCAGCUCGACUCCGGCCAACUCUUACAGACGUCUACUGCGUUUCUCCUCUCAGAUCCACAACAACGGCCAGUCUGACUUCAAACCCAAAGCCAGCAGAGAAACGUGGGUUUGGCACGACUGUCACAGACAUUACCACAGCAUGGAGAUCUUCACUUACUACGACCUGCUCAGCUUAAACGGUUCAAAAGUAGCAGAAGGACACAAAGCCAGCUUCUGUCUCGAGGACUCGGAGUGUGAUGAAGGCAUUGAAAAGAAAUACGAAUGCGCCAACUUUGGUGAGCAGGGCAUCACACUGGGGUGCUGGGACACUUACAGACACGACAUUGACUGCCAGUGGGUGGACAUCACCGACGUCAAGCCUGGGGAUUAUAUGUUCCAGAUCAUCAUUAACCCCAAUUACGAGGUGGCCGAGUCUGAUUACACCAACAACAUUGUGAAAUGCAAGACUCGUUAUGACGGCCACCGUAUAUGGAUGUACAACUGCCAUAUAGGUGGAUCAGUGAGCGGUGAAACAGAUGAACUGUUUCCUGGCCUUUUGAACAACCAGGUGAUCCACAGGUAAAAGGUGGACAGGUGGACGGAGACACUGAGAGCUUGGACCACUACGUUUCCUUCCCUGAAUGGCUUAGUGCUAAAUACAUGCACCAAGCCUUUGCCACUCUGUUGGGAUGAAACACCCUACCAACCCGCCCCCCCCCCAAAAAGAAAUCACCUUAUAUGAUAAAACACACUAAAAAAAAACUGGGCAUAUAAUGAUAAUUAUGAUAUCAUGAUUUUUAUACCACCUUUUAUCAUGGUAUACAGUACUGUCACCAUGUUCUCUGUAUAUACAUAUAUAGAACUUCAUUCAUAUUUGGUCUUGACCUUAUGCUUGAGGCAGAUUAUUUUCUCAACAUUGUGGUACAGUUUGAUCAACUGAUUAUCAGUACAUGCCCACCAAAGCAAAACUCUGACACUACUGGUUCAGGACAUCCAGAAAAAAAAAACAAAAAAACGGUGGACUAACAGAUCACCUAUUUCAUAAUGAAUCUCAAGUUGUUUCAAAGUGGCUUGAGGUUACGACAAUCCAAAGGUAACAUAACACAUUUGCCUCCAUCAGCCACUGGUGUUGGUGAUUCAGAUGCACUUUUUCAGCCUUAAUGGACUUGUGCACAAACAUGAACGGACUCCUGAAGAUCAAAAGGAGCCAGAUUUGGGAAUUGUAUCUGCAAUUACUUUGCUGCCUUCAUAGUAUUUCAGUAUCAUUCAAUAUUUUAUGAUCUUAUGUCGUUCAGCUGCAGUUCUCUGGAGAAAUAAAAGUGAAACCUUUCCGAGCAUUGGCGACAAUCGUCACGUUUCAUUUCCAAAAAGUGUUCAGCGCGAAGAAACUGCAGUGUUCAAUAAGAAUGAUGGACAAUCUCGGGAGUUUGGCCAAAGAUAAUUACAGUUGGUAACGUGGAACAGCCAAUACAUGUUGGAUAUAUUGGAAUAAACCAGUAAAUAAGACUAAAAAUAAUAAAUACACAAUCUCCAUAUACAGUGUUUGUACAUAUUCUAAAUUAAAAGACAUUUUGAUUAUUUUAUGAGCAGCACAUUAGCAACUUGACUUAUGCUAAUUGUGUGGUAUGCUAGCUUAAUAUUAGGUAGCUAGCACAUAAGUAUCCCUGUCUAUAUUAGUGCAAUAAACAACUAGUACUGAAUAUUAAUAGUGCACUCGUUAGAAAUGUAAAAUACAAUCAUGUGAAAAUAAAAGUACGUCCCAUGGAAAUUGUAGGCU